UCAUUCAUUUUUGCUACGCUAAUGCGGUAGAUUGUUGCCGACUAUUUUAUAGAUUUUUGUAUUACAUCGUAAAAUGUUAACAAACUGGUGAACUAAUUAAUAUGUGCCUAUAGGAAGAGCUUUAAAAUUCAAUUUGUAAGUUAAAAUAUAGUGGAUACAGUAAAAUUUCUCAUCAUGUUUGACUACAAGUAUUUAACUCGAGAACAUUUGGAGGGAUUCGAUAAUUACAAGUACAUGGCAAUAGACACCAGCCCCCUGAGUGUCUAUGUGAUGCACCCGUUCUGGAACAAAGUAGUUGAGCUAGUCCCGCGCUGGGUGGCCCCCAACGUGUUGACCUUCGCCGGUUUCCUCCUAACCGUGGCCAACUUCCUACUCCUCUCUCACUAUGACUACGACUACACGGCGGCCUCGGCAGUGAACGCGACGGCGGCGGUGGUCAACGGGGGGGUCAGGAAUGUGAUCCCGGGGUGGCUGUGGCCCGUGCUGGCUGUGUUUCUGUUUCUGGCUUAUACGCUGGACGGCAUAGACGGCAAGCAAGCGCGGCGCACGCAGACUUCAGGCCCGCUCGGGGAGAUGUUCGACCACGGGCUGGACUCCUACUCCGUGUUCUUCAUACCCGCCUGUCUGUACAGCAUCUUCGGGAAGGGGGACUUCUCAGCACCCCCAAUUAGAAUGUACUACAUAAUCUGGAACAUCCUAGUCAGCUUCUACUUCAGCCACUGGGAGAAGUACAACACUGGAGUACUGUAUCUACCCUGGGGCUACGACUUCAGCAUGUGGUCGUCAAUAGCAGUAUUCCUGUGGACGGGCUACAAGGGAACAGAUUACUACAAGCAAUAUGUCAUUGGAUCCUACGACGUGGCCAGUCUGUUCGAAAUUGGCAUCUAUGCCACGGGACUAGGGAUCAAUUUGCCGGUCUCCGCGUAUAAUGUUUAUCAAUCCUACAAACUGCGCACCGGCAAGAUGCGUUCAUUCCUAGAAGCCAUCAGACCACUCUGGGCGCUGCUCUCUAUAUUCGCCCUGUGCUCGCUGUGGGCGCACCAGUCCCCGCGCCGCGUCCUGCAGAGGGACCCCCGUGCAGUGUUCUUAUUGGUCGGCACGCUGUUCAGCAAUGUCGCUUGCCGCCUAAUAGUGGCCCAGAUGAGCAACCAGCGCUGCGAAGCCUCCAACUGGCUUCAAUGGCCUCUCCUAGGCGCGGUCGUGACGUCACUAUACGCGCCUCAGUACGAGUGGACCGCUCUAUACGCUAUGACGGCGUUGAGUGUGCUAGCUCACGUGCAUUAUGGGACUUGUGUUGUCCGCCAAAUGUGCGUCCACUUCAGACGAAGCUGUUUCACCAUAAACAAGCGAGCCGAUUGACUCCUAGAUGACGAUGCGUACUAGCUGGACAGAACAUUGUAAUCCAACCACCGCGACACUAGCGCCGGUCGCCAUGUUGCGGACCAAAAUGGAACUAUUUUUUUUUUGUUAUUUCUGUUUGCUGCAGGGUAUGCUACGGUAAGAUUGAUAAGUAGGUAGGUAUACACUUUUGUACCUUGUCAAACUCA